GAGAAUUUUGAAUCUUCGCUCUUUUGACAUGCCUUUGUUUAGCGACAAAGCUGUCAGCGAGAUGUGAACGAAGCGCAUUCCUUCCGGACUUGCCCCCUGCAGACGCUCGUAUGAAUGACAGGACUGACAGGGCUGAGUCCAUAGUAAGCUGGGAAUAUGAUGAAGUAACUGACGUAUCAGAGGGAAGCCAGUCUCAGGCCGAGCCACAGUCUUACCACUUACAAUAUAAAGUGGCAGACACAACAGCUUUAUUAUCAAACAGAUCCGUUGAAAGCCAAAUAACCUCACUAUCAGGGAGUUUGAAGGAUUCCCCCGCAAAGGAGUCUGAGCCACCAAUCACCAAGAUGGAUCCUGCUGAAAUUGCUGCCAUGAGUGAAAAUGAUUUCGAGCCAGAAUUAGAAGAGAAGGGUGGUGAGGCCACUCAAUCUGCCUCUCAUGAUGGCCAAUUGGAUCCACCGUCAACUAGUGAUGGGGGUGGUACCUCUGGUGGUGGUGGUGAAGAGGUGAGCGAGCUAAAUGGGGAGGAGGACCAGGUAGAGGAUCUGGAUGAGAAAGACACUGAAUAUCUGCCAGGUCCCUCUCAUGCCCCCCCUCCCCCUCACCUUGCUCCUACCUCGCCCCACCACCAAGGCCACCCCAUGUUUCAAAUAGGUGACGAAACGGAUGAGGACGGCAAUGCAGAUCCACCUGCCAUUGGUGAAACUGGUGGACCUGGAUCCAGGCAGCCAUCCCGUCUAAUCCAACAGCCGGGAGAUAGGAGGAAGAUCGAGGAAGAACGAUGA